AGUCAGGUGGUUGCGGCUUUUCCCUCCUCCUGCUCCUCCCUCACUCCCUCUCCCUUUCCCCCCGCCCGGCGUAGGCCGGCCCAGCGUGGAGGCGGCGGGGGAAAGUUGGAGGAAAGUUGCCGGCUGGGAAAGUUCAGAGGAGGGCGGGCGAGCGAGCGGCCGCCACGGUAGCCCGGCCUCCCCGCUGCGCCCCGGGAGGGCCGAGGAUGGCCGGCGGGGAAGGAGCGGGCUCCGGUGUGCCCGAGUGCCGGGAGCAUCUUUUUAAGGUGCUGGUGAUCGGGGAGCUGGGUGUGGGUAAAACCAGUAUUAUCAAGCGGUACGUGCACCAGCUCUUCUCUCAGCACUACCGGGCCACCAUCGGGGUGGAUUUCGCACUCAAAGUCAUCAACUGGGACAGCAAGACCCUGGUGCGGCUGCAGCUCUGGGAUAUCGCAGGCCAGGAGCGCUUUGGAAAUAUGACCAGAGUAUACUACAAAGAAGCAGUUGGUGCUUUUGUGGUCUUUGAUGUCACAAGAGGCUCCACUUUUGAGGCUGUUUCAAAAUGGAAGCAUGAUUUGGACAGUAAAGUACUACUUCCCAAUGGCAGCCCCAUCCCUGCUGUUCUUCUUGCAAACAAGUGUGACCAGAAGAAAGAUGGCAGCCAGAAUCCCUCUCAAAUGGACCAGUUCUGCAGAGAAGGUGGCUUUGCUGGAUGGUUUGAAACGUCUGCCAAGGACAACAUCAACAUAGAUGAAGCUGCUCGAUUCCUGGUGGAAAACAUCCUUGCCAACUACAAAACCUUUCCUAAUGAAGAGAAUGAUGUGGGGAAACCAAAACUGGACCUAGACCCAUUGAAAGCAGAGAGUAAAUCACAGUGCUGCUAGUGCUACCACCAUUCAAAAAUGUGAUGGGAUGAGCAGCAAGACUGUUCCUGAAAUCAAACUGCUGCUAUGGUGCUGUGUUGUGACAAUCCAUAUGGGGUGUCUGGUGUUAUCUGAAUAGGUGAUUCUUGUGGGUGUUUACAUAUUCUUGUUUAGUGUGAAAUGAGUAUCUUGUGAGUUAUCAUUCCACUUGCUUGAGUGGCUGCAUCUAAGUCUGAUUAGUGUCCUCUUACUUGAGAACAUAAGGUAGCAUUUAUACUCCUAAAAAGGAACAAAGACAGCAUUCAGUGUCUAGUUUGCUUCUAGGACAUAUGCUACAUUCCAAAUAGGACUAAUCUGUCAUGGUUUUAGCUGAGUAGACACUUGCACCUUUAAACUUUUUCCUUUGUCACCAGUAAUGUCCCACUUCAGCCUUCUUGCCUACACACUUGUUCCUAUUUAUUAUCCCCCACCAUAAGGAUCUGUCUCAUUACUAGUUCCCCUGGACUGAGACAUCCCGGAAAUCUUGAAGGGACCAGUAACAGAUGGGAGGUAUUUUAGUGUGCUCACUAAGACUGAGUGAAGUAGAUGGGUUGUACCACUGAGUAAGAACAAGGUGGGUAAAUGAUUGUAUUUAAGAGGGGAAAGAUAUAGUUAUAGAGAUACUAACCAAAAUGCAUCUCCAGCCAUUUAAGGCAGAGUAGUUUCAACUAAUACUUUACACAUGAAACACAUUAAUGAAUACAGUUGUACAACUGAGGCACGUAGUUAUGGUAACCUCAUCCAAAUGCAUAACCAAUAACUUUUACAUGCACUAACACUGAAAACUUUACCAAGAGUUCAAAAACUAAAUAUCUUAAUUACCUGUGAUAAUGAGCUUGCUCCUUUUUCCUUCUGUCUUGAGAUGGUCCUGAGUACUGUGAGAAAGGAGAGAGGUCUUGAAGGAAAUAGCUUAACUGGUUCUUGCUAGCCUAUCAAAAAACCCCCACAAAACUGCCAAGCUCAAUCUUGUUCAGUUUUAGAACAGUGCUGUGCUCUUCUGACUACUUAGAGCUGGUGAAUUGGCUUACCAGUUUGUAAUUUUAUAUGCAGGGAUGCUUAUGUUUCCUCAUUAUAACUCCUGUGUAUUUUUGGCAGCAAAUGAAGAUCAAAAGGAUUAGGGAGAUUUCAUGGUUCUUGAAUACAUUUUGGAACUCUGGCUCUGCUUGGCUGAAAGGCUUUGAAGCUCAGCUUUAAUUUAAAGGUUUCUUCUGUCCUGGUACCUCACUGCUGCUGACUUCAGAAGUCUUAUCUCGCUUGGUCUCAUGGUGCUGAUGUUUAAAUGUAAACAUGAAGUAUGUGCCAGAUUGGAUAUACUCUUAAUCUGUAUUGAGACUUCCUAGGCUGUUUCUUCUAAAGAGUAACAUACUUUUUAAGUGACAGAUCUAUUUGGGCAUCUUAUGAAUGUUGUUGGUGUAUGCUUUUGAGAACAUGAAUCUUCACAGGUGUCCCAUCCUAUACACAAAUGCUUUCAUUGACAUUUGGAAACAACUUUGUCUUCUAUUAGUUGGAAUUGAAAAUAACCCUUUGACAUAGCCACAGUAAGGCUUGACAAAGCCUGGGAAAGUUGUUUCAAUGCUUGACUGUCCCCUGAGAGUUUAUCUAGCCUGAAUCUUUUGAACUUUGUCCAUGGUCUCUUAUCCACCUAUCAUGGGCCACUAUAAAGAAUGUGUCCAUUAGGCUUGUGCAGAUUUACUGGAUGCUUAAAGCUUGAUUGCUACUUUAAAUUUUAAGCCUGUAGCACUUCAGAAAGGAAGCUGUACCCCAUCCAUGUUCCUUGCUUGCUGGCUUGUUUGUAUUGGUAACUUUUCUAGGUAACCUGCAACUACUGUAACCUUCCUAUUCAGUUACUUAAACAACUCCAUUUAGAUUAAACAGCUUAUUAAAAGUGAGGUUACAAUCUCCAGUAUAUUGUCUUUUUCUACACUCCAAUUACAGGGGCGCAAAUCCAGUAACUAGCCAGUGGAAUAUGUGCAUAGCCUGUUUACUUGAUGCUUUUUGACUAGAUCAAAACAUGAUAAAUCUUGAUAACCAGUCAAACAAGAUGCAGUUUCAUGUUCACUUGGCUUCAACUGUAAGUUUACUGAGCUCAUGAAAUAUUACAUGAAGUGUGUCACUAAUGGGCAAAAAAAGACCAAUUCUUGAGUCUGUCUAGCAUGGCAUAGAAUGUUGGUCUACAUUCAAAUGCUAGUUCUUUAAAUACCUACUUUACUGGGGAAACUGCCAGUGGAGGUAGAUUUUUUUUUUUUUUCCAAAUGGCUAUUGUGCUUUUUCUUGUUUUUUAGUUUUCAGAUUCAACAGCAAAAUGAGAACUAAACUCUGAAGCUUCAGGACUCUACCUGAACGCAUGAAUCUCAUCUGGGUCCUGUUGGUGACAAUGUAAUCCUAUGCAGUUUAUUUUCAAUAAUGUCUAAAUUUCUGGUUGAAAAGCUAUUGCUUAUGCUUAAGCACUUCUUUGUUCUGUAUAUAGCUUGUGUUUUUCUAAAGCUCUACAUGGCCAUGAUUUUCAAACUGUGUCAGAGUUACACUAGGUUUGAUACAGGUUGUCACUGACUGGAGAAGCUGAGGCAGGGUGAAGUUCAGGAACUACCAUUAUGAAAAAUAAAAACCUAAAUGUUUAAAGUGACUGUGCAGAUUGUAUUACAGAGCAGACUCUUAUUUCCGAAGCCUAGUGGCCUGAAAACCAAUUUCUUCUACCUGCAUGUAGGUGUGUUUUGCUUUUCUUUCACCUUUUGGGGGUGGGGGGUGGAAGGGGUGAGGGGAGUUUGAGCUUUAAUAAAUGGCUAGUUUUCUGUGGUGUUACAAACUGCACGUUCCUUGGGGGGAGCAUCAUGAUACAUGAGGCUUCUGGGUGGCUUAGGAAAUCUAAUCCAGCCCGAAGGUGAAAACUGUAAGAAAAGACUAGCAUUUUAGUCUGAAGAAGGGAAAGGGAGCAUCUCCCUGGUGGAGGAGAAUGAAACUGUAUUUUGUGGAAAAGUGUUUAGGUAAAAUAAACUAAUCAUGAAAACCUGUCCUAAUGAAGCAAAUAACUUUAAAUUUCUAUGUAUCUUUCAAAUCAGACAGACCCAAUUUAAUUUCAGACAAGUAAGUGAAGUGUCAAAUGUAAUUUGGUUUAUAUGUACAGAAUAUAUAGUGAAGUAAUAAUUUCAAUCAGAUGAACAGAGGCCCCAUGCUAUUUCAUUUCAUUAUCUCCUGCAAUCUGAAAUAUGUCAAUCCUAAAGGAGAAAGUACUUGACUUGCUAGUCCCUAUAUUUAAGGGACAGCUUUGAGAUGAAAAACUUGAGUAAAAAAUCUGAACCAAGGCCUCAGUAAGAUGUCUUUCCUGGCAUGUUUCCAUCAACUAUGUAAAGGCUGGAGAUGGCAUAUAGUCUUCCUGGAUUGUAGUUGUGCAGUAUGUCUGUGCAGCAAAUGCCAAGUCAGCCUCUGUUCACUUCAAAAGUUUAAUGAGGCAUUACAGUUGCUGAGAAAACUAGAAAGGAGUUAGAGCAAUUAGUGAUCUUUCAGUGUGGGAUUUUCUAGGUGUAUCUUAACUGCAGUAGUAGAAUACAAGCUAUUCCCAGCUCAGUUUUGUUUGUUUAAAUGUUGUGUCAGACCUAUUGAACUGUAAUAGCAUUCAGCCUCCUUAAAUUGAACAAAUACUUGUUCACCUGUAGUGAUUAAUUGCUGGGGAAUAGUAUGAGUCAUUCUUACAGGCUCACUGCUUGAGUAACCAUUUGAUAUACAGUGAUAGGACAACAUAAUGAUAAAAAAUAUGUGCAGUAGAACUGCGGUAUUAGAUGGUGAAACAUUUUGCUCUUAAAAACCAUUGCUCCCUUAUCUUUGUAGUCUUAACCUCUUGACAGUGACCUUGGUUCCAAAACAGAGAACUGGCUACCUCUUCUCUUUACAGAACACCUUAUGUGGUACAGAAACACAGUCCUCUAAGUAUGUGUAUGCCUUCGUCCUUCAUAUAAUGAAUUGCUAAAGAAUUUAAGAAAUGUGGGUAGCAGUAUACUUUCAGGAGUAAAAAAAAAAAAAAAAAAAAAUUAACAAAAUGCCAGUGAGAUACAUAAUGAUUCUGAAUUGAAAUGUCAUUCACUUGACAGUGCACAAAACAUAAUUUCAAAGUUUUGUCCUGCAGCAGUAUGUUCCUUUUUCUCACUAUUUUUCUAUAUGAAGAUUAAUCUAGUGAAGAUCAUGUGAAAGAAAUUGUGCCUGUAUUGUACAUUACCAUCAUAAAGCUCUGUUUGUAAGAUCUUUGCUGUGUCUAACCAGGGUGGAAGUACUUUUGGUGUAUUUUUAAAUACAUGAUUAUGGACUGUUUUAUAACCCACCUAAGAUAGCAUUCAUUUAGUGAAAAUUUCUGGCUUAGAUGUUCUAUGUGGCUUACACACUUGUAUGAAUAAAUUCUACUAGAUGGGGUUUUUCUCAUUUCAGUCUGUGUACCUACAAAUGCUUCCUGCCCCAAGUACCUUAGAAACUUCCUCUUUUAGGUAGAAAUGAUGUUUCAGAUAGCUUUAGCUUGGAAAGUGUAAAAGUAGAGGGCCAGCAUCUCGAUAUUCAUUCUUUUUUUUUGCAAAGAUAAUAUAAGUAUAGUGAUCUUGCAUCUUUUUACCACUGGAUAAAUCAUCAUGUGGUCUGAGCUCUAAAUGAAAUUAAAAUAUGCAGGAUUCCUGGCCUUAUUGAUCUUAACUUGUAACUGGGAGUAAAAGGUAGCUGAUAAAAUGCCACAUGACAUGUAAUAUUAAGCUAUUUUAUCUGUCGCUUACAGGUUCUAGGAAGUAAGGUGUUUAGUGUUUUGAUAAAACAUAGACUUCUGUUCUGCUUCACCUUUUUUCUAACUUAAGAAACUUUAACCUCUUUAUUAUCAUGACCCUUCUGAAAGCUUAAGUUAUGCUGAUAAUUAUUGGUCCUGUUAGAAAGCUCAUGGCUCCCUAAAGGUUAAAGAUAGCAUGGGCAUCCUGCUAACUCUGUUUCUAAACUCCUCUGCCCUUUACUGGUAUGUAUUAAAGUAGUAUGCAGCAUCCAUCCAGAAUAAUGGACUGUCAACAUUUACCAUUCAGAUGGGUUUGGUUUGAACUUUGGUUCAAAAGUGUCCUGUAGACUAUGCUACUAGGGACACAUUAUCUAUUUCCAUUGUUCUUAUUAUGGUUAUGAGUGACUUCUAAUUGACAGUGCUAUCCCAGCACUAAUGUAGCAAAAUACCUGCCCCACUGGGAUACAUUCAGUAUUAACUCUAAUAUGCCUCAAACAUGAUUUUAUAUUCAGUCAGUAUCUAUUCAGUACAGUACAACGCUGAAAUAGUUGUAUGCAAAGAUUAAGUCUAGUCUCUUUUCCCUGGACAGCAUCUGGCUGGUUGAAGAAGCUAUUGCUUCUAUGGAUAUGUGUACAGGCUGUAUUCGAUUUGCAUGGCAAUGUUUUGGUAGCAGGGGGAUACAGAGGGGGCUUCUGUGAGAAGCUGCUAGAAGCUUCCCCCAUGCCAGCCGGCUCCAAGGCAGACCCAUUGCUGGCCAAGGCUGAGCCUGUCAGCAAUGGUGGUAGAGUAGUGCCUUUGGGAUAAUGUAUUUAAGAAGGCAGGGUGUGUGUGGGGGUGUGUGUGUUUAAAAAAAAAAAAAACAAAAAAAAAAACACAAACAAAAAACCCCAAAAAACAACCACAAACCACCAGAAACCAGCAACUGUCAUGGGAGUGAAGAGGGAGAAAUGUGAGAACAAGACUCUGCAGACACCAAAGUCAGUGGAGGGGCAGGAGGUACUGCAGGCACUGGAGCAGAUUUCCCCCCCAGCCCGCGGUGAAGCCCAGGCUGAGGCAGGCUGUCCCCUCAGCCCCGGGAGCCCACGGUGGAGCAGAUCCCCCCCGCAGCCCGUGGGGACCCCACGCCGGAGCAGGGGGAUGCCCGCAGGAGGCUGUGACCCCGUGGGCAGCCCGCGCUGGAGCCGGCUCCUGGCAGGGCCUGUGGCCCCGCGGAGGGGUGAGCCCAGGCCGGGGCAGUGCUGCUGGCCGGGCUGUGACCCCGCGGGUGCCUGUGGACCUGUGCCGUGAGGGACUGCAUCCCAUGGGAGGGGGACCCACACUGGAGCAGUCCAGGGAGACUUACAGCUGCUUGUGGUUAGCUUCAGUCUUGUCUGUUCAAGAAUGGUUUUGCUCAGGUUCAGUUCCCUGUCCUGUCACUUCAGCAGCCAACUGUUCCUCUCUUCCCAAGCUCUAUUACAUGCUGCAGGGUUUCCUUUUUCUCAGGCAUUGCUGACCUCCACUCACAAUCUCACCUUUUCUGAUCACCCUUCACUUUUCCGAUCCUUCACUGCCUGCUGUUCCUGAAAUGCGAGCCCACUGCUGUCCUCCUUCGUUCACCAUUUCACACUGACCUGUACCUUCCUCAUCUCACUCCCACCUACUCUUUCACUUAGUAAAUAAGCAGAAGAGUAGUGAAAGCAAGAACACUCUUUUUAAUGGUCUGCUAAAAGAAUUAAUUUCAGAACCUAGAUUUUCCUAUUCUUUGAUAAAAGAAAUGGAAAAAAAAUAUCUCCAAAACCCAAACCAAAGAAAAUGAAAAUUCAUUCUACCCCUCUUUCAUCUUUUAUCUAACUUUGUUGCAACCUCUUGCUUGAAGAUACAGCAUCUGUUCUUACAGAAGCUUCUGUGUCUAACUUUAACCCUUUUUUCAUGGAAAUCUUCCCAAAACCACAGAAUGGGUAAGGUUGAAAGUGGUCUUAGGAUAUUGUGUAGUCCUACACCAAUGGUCAAAGCUUAAGCAGGUUGUUCAUGGCCAUGUCCAGUCUGAUGAAGACUCCACAGUCUCAAUGGAAAACCUGUUCCAGUGUUAGAUCACCCUCACUGUAAUUAAAAAAAAAAAAAAAAAUAAUUUAAGAGGAAUUUCCUGAAUCUAAAUUUUCAUACUGUCUCUGAUCCUGUUGCUGGGCGUCUCUGAGAAAAAUCUGAGUGUCCUUAGUCUCCCCAUCAGGUAUUUCUACACGUUAAGCUUUGCCCCCUCUACUACACUCCCAGGCCUUCUCUUUCAGGCAAACACUUUCUCUUAUUCUGGAAUCCUUGUGUCUGCUGUAAAAUCAAAGGAGAGUCAACUUUGAGCAGUCUGAGCUCCAAGACCCCUGAGAGGGGCCUUGGUAGUGUUCCUGUUCAUAACAGUUGUUCUGCUCUUUCUCCAACUAGUAUUUGUAGCUACAAAAGAGCGUGAAAUAUUUAGGACUAAAAGGCUGUUUUCCUGUGACUUGUGUGUGCUAUAGCAGUUGACAAUGUGAUGGUUUAAGGGAAAAAAUAAACAAGCCAGUGUUUUGAAUUGUGUCUUAGAGGAAUGGUGACCAGAAUGCCACCCAUCAUCCAUCGCUAACCAGUCCCUGUUAUCUUAGUGUUUGUUUAGCUAUGUCUCAAUGGGUUCCUUCUUGUUUUGUUGUCUUGUAUAUUCAGUUCACAUUUUCCUACUGUAAGGCUGCCUCUACCCUAACAAGUUUUCCCUUCAGGGAGUGUCUGUCAGAUAUACUUUAUGGCUUGAGACACUAUGCCAGUGAAACAGCUGAUUUGACCUUACAGAUUCUUUGCCAGUUAGAAAACUAGCUUUUUUUAAAAUUCAGAUUAACUUCCCUUACCAAACAAGCUGCCCUUGUCAUUCCUGUUAGGUUAUGGAAUUCUAAAUUAAAUUCUUGGAUAAAUAAAAAGAUGUAACUUGA